AAACUUGCUGCAUUUUGGAAAGACAAACAAUACCUCAUCAUCGACGAGAAGUCCAUGUUAUCUCGCAGGUUCUUGGCCAAAAUAUCAGCAAAUGUUGCAAAAGGAAAGUCUUUGGCUGGUGAAGAAGGAAAUGACCAAGCAUUUGGAGGAGUCAAUGUGAUUAUCAUUGGAGAUUUUCAUCAAUUUCCACUGGUAGCAGUGAAGAAGAGCGCAGCCUUGUAUUAUCCCUGUGAUUCAUCAAAGGACACAGCAGAGGACAUGCUGGGUCGGAAGAUUUAUGGGCAAUUUACGACCAUUGUUCAUCUCAAAGAACAAGUUCGUGUUACUGAUCCUGAAUAGAACGAACUUCUGCAUCAUGUGCGGCAUGGCAGUUGUCGUGCUCACCAUAUUCAGCUGCUUCAUUCACUUGUUCUAACAAAUCCCUAUUGUCCACCAACCAAUUUCAAUUCUGCUCCAUGGAAUGAUGCAGUACUCAUUAUGCCCUGCAACGCAGUACAUUGCCAGUGGAACUCUAACAUGACAAAGAAUCACUGUCGAAGAAGUGGACAUCAGCUUUUCAUGUGCAAGGCAUAUGACACCAUUCAAGGGCACGAGCUAACGUUGACAGAAAGAUUCACAGUCACAACAAAGCCUAAUGGAAGAAAUGCUAAACAAGACGAACGAGCAGCUUUGCCAAACAUCAUUGAACUUGCAGUUGGAAUGAAGGUCAUGGUGACCUUCAAUGUCAACACAGAUAUCGAUAUUGCAAAUGGAGCACGAGGUGAAGUAAAGGAGAUUAUAUUGGAUGAACACGAGAGCAAAUUCUGCAUGACAACGCCUAUUGUGGAGUUAGACUAUCCUCCUGCAUAUGUCCUCAUCAAGUUGAACUGCACCAAAGUCAAAACCCUCGAACUGUUGGAGAAGGGUGUUUUGCCAUUGACUCCUUUGCAAUGAACUUUUUGAGUUAUUGUCAAUGGUAAUGAACAGGUGGUAACACGGAAGCAGCUUCUGCUUACACCAGCAUAUGCAUUCACCAAUUAUUGAUCUCAGGGACAAACAAUCAGUAACACAAUCAUCGAUAUCGCUAUGCCACCAAGUGGUGGACUUUCCCUGUUCAAUGUAUAUGUCGCACUCUCUCGAGGACAUGGUCAUGACAAUAUACGACUACUGCGGGAUUUUGAUGAAAAGCUGCUCACAACUCACCCAAGUGAAUAUCUUCAGAUUGAAGACCAACAAAUUAUGAAGCAUGACCGAAUAACAGAGGA